UGCGUAAAAGUCACACCGUGCGUAACUUCUCAUGGCGGAAGCUGACGUCACUGCGCUCUUUACGUCGCGCCGAGGUGACGUCGGCGGAGGAGACGCUUCUGCCCAAGCUCGCGAAGGGGGUAUCAGUCAGACUGCAGCUGCCGCUGGAUAUUGUCGUACGGUGAUGUAAUGUUGCCCGUCUGGUGACUACGGAUGGCUGUUUGCGCCAGGCUCUGCGGAGUGGGUCAGUCGCGAAGGUGCCGCAGGCGACAGCGGCAGAACCAGCAGGGUCAGGGAAGCGAUUCCGACAUGGACGAGGAAGAAGGGGAGAGGAUCGUGGGCCAGAGGCCGGGCGACGGCGGCGGCGGCGGCGGCGGCGGCCCGGAGGGCGGCGUCGCCACUGCAGGGCCGAGUGACGCUGGUGAAUAUGGCUGCGGCCAUUUCAACAGAGGGGGCUGCGCGAACCGCACGGCGAGCACGGGACCCCCGCACCCGCAGACACUCGUGGAAUUACCGCCGGAACUCUUGGUGGAGAUACUGUCCCGGCUGCCCGGGACAGCGCUGCCGAGCGUGGCCCUCGUCUGCAAGAAACUCAGGCAACUGCUCAACACGGAGACGAUCUGGAGGAGGCGGUGCAUCGAAGAGUUUGAUAUGAAGGAGGAUCUGAGGAAGAUGGAAGUGGGAGGAGUGUCCAGCCAGGAGCUCUAUGUUAAACGUGUCGACCCAAGGGUGAAGUCUGGGCGCUUUAUGAAGCUCCUGCCGGACUACGAGCACAUGGACUAUAGAGGCGUGUACACACACUUGCUUCACCCAUACAGACACAUCCUGGGUUUAUGGCAGCCUGACAUAGGCCCUUAUGGUGGAUUGCUCAAUGUUGUGGUGGAUGGGCGGUUCAUCAUCGGCUGGAUGUAUUUGCCACCCCAUGACCCCCGUGUGGAGGAUGCCAUGAGGAGACGGCCACUCUUUCGUGUCCACAUGUUGGAGAGUCAAAAGGCCACAGUGGAGUGUAUGUACGGACACAAGGGUCCCCACAAGGGAGACAUACAGACUGUCAAGAAGGAUGAAUUUUCAACUAAGUGUAACCAGACUGAUCAUCACCGCAUGCCAGGAGGCCGGCAGGAGGAGUUCAGGACAUGGUUGGAGGAAGAAUGGGGCCGAACGCUGGAAGAAAUCUUCCAUGAGCACAUGCAGGAGCUCAUCCUGAUGAAGUUCAUAUAUACAAGCCAAUAUGAUAACUGCUUGACAUACAGGAGGAUCUACCUUCCUCCGGCAAUGCCCUCCGCCCUGCUGCAGCCUGGGCUCUUCAAAGGUACCUAUGGCAGUCACGGCUUGGAGAUUGUCAUGCUCAGUUUCCAUAGGAAUUCUGCAAGAGCCACCAAGCUCACUGGAGACCCCAACGUUCCUGCAGGGCAACUGACUUUGGAUGUAGACCUGAACCGGCCCGUGGUCCUCCCAGACCUGGAGCAGCAGUGCAAAAUAGAGGAACUGUCUCGGCUCGUACUGGGGGUGCACGAGGAGGUGCAGAGGGAAUCGGUACGGCGUGCUGAGAGCGCCUCUUCCGCAGUCAGCGGUGCAGCAGCAGAGGCGGCCUGUGGUGCCAGCGGAGCAGAAGGCAUGGAGGUAGACCAUGGUGCCUGUUCAGACGCCUGUCAGCCUGGCCCCAGCAGCAGCAGCAGCAGCAGCACCAGUCCUCUAGACGCCCAGCCAUUUGUCCUGCCCAUGGGGGUCAUGGCUCGCAACAAGGUUUACCCUCACACCUGCAGGAAAUGCUUCUAUGGGACAGGUCUGAUCGCAGGGCACGGUUUCACCAGUCCAGAACGCACCCCAGGGCUCUUUGUGCUGUUUGACGAGGACCGCUUUGGUUUCAUCUGGCUGGAGUUAAAGUCUUUCAGCCUGUACAGUCGCCUGACGGACAAUCUGGCCCACGCUCACGCCCCAAACAUGGAUCGCUUUGAGGCCAUGCUGCACAACAUGCAGUCCUGGACAUCCUGAUCUGCAAGCUUUAAGCCUCCUCCAGCAGUACAACGCGAUAACAACAACCAUUACACACGAAUCACCUCUAUCAUCUGCUGGCAAUAUUACCAUUGUGUUAGCUCACGCCCAUAACUCUCCAACUAUCACCUGUGUCACGAAAUUUGUGUUUUACUGUCUAAUGAAGCUAUUCAGGUCACCCUGACCUUGCACACCAUGCUCCUGCUCACAUGCGAGAACUUUGAAAGGUCUCUCCAGGCAAAGAUAACAGGACACUUCUGCGUGACCUUAAAACAGGUUUUUAAUUUAUUUAUUUAUUCCCUGCAGGAGCAAAAUCAUAUUUCUUACCACUUACUAUGGAUCAAACUGUACGUGCCUCUUAUUCUAAAACCAUGUCUUUACUUAUUACUGCUUGAAGAAGAUAACGGUGUCCAUGGUAUUCUGAUAUAUAUAUAUAUAUAUAUAUAUAUAUAUAUAAUUUUAAUACUUUCAGUUCCCAACAUAUUCGAGUGCAUGCUGCAUUUGAUUUAGAUCUAAUCAUCCCACAUUCAAUCAUUAUCUGAACAUAAUGUUUACUCUCAUGAAGCAGCAUGCCUUGCUCUUAAGAUUAGGGUUUUGUUGUUCUCGUUGUUUUGAGACAUCCAGAUUUAGAAAAGACAGCAUCUCAGGUCUUUUUUUUCUCUUGUUCACAAGUCAGUUAAAAACAGGACAAAAUUAUCAAUGUGUAUAGGGAAAAAAAUGUAUGAAGUUCAAUUUUUUUUUUGAUUUGUCAAACAUUGUCAGUGAGUUUUACAACUGUGCAUUUUCGAACCACUGACGAAAAAAGGACGUGCUGUCUUAUCAAACGAUGUAGCGUCAUCAGCCGGCUCUGAACGCACUGAUAUGUUUUUGUUCUUUGAACUUGAGUAAUAUCUUUUUCAGUGAUAUGCUCCGGCUCAUGGUCCUACAUCAGACAUAUUUUUAAUGUCACCACACGAGGCAAAAUAUUUUGUAGGACUGAAAGAUGAAUUGCAGUAGAAUUACAUAACCAUCAACCAUAUUUGAUAAGGAGUAUCAAAAUUACACAGAUUAUGUGCUUGAAUAUAAUCAUGUUUCUGAAACAAACCUUUUGAAUUGUAUGACAUUUGUGGUUUGUUUAAAUGGCUGACUCAUUCUUUGCCUGGCUUAAUGCCUGCAAAGCUAUUCCCCUCCCCCACACACAGUUCAAAUGUUUUCAAACUUGAGACCAAGCUUGCUCAACAUUCCCCCGACUAACCGCUCAAACCGAUCUCAAAGUACCAAGUAAGUGUCUGUGUUUAUCAUUACGGCCUGAUGGUAGUGUCCAGUAGCUUUCUUACUCCAAGUGCACUUUUCUGGGCAAUAAAGUGAAUAAUCGUUCAAAGCCACUGGCCAGCACUUUUAUAUCAGACUGCUUUUUUGCAUCAUUUCAUUCAUUUUGCCACACGUUAUUGAUUUUCCCUCUCAGCUUUAGUACGUACUUUUCAUACAUUCUCCUGUCUGCAAGCCCUGUGCACCCAGCUUUCUGACUGAUUUGCCUUGUGUUGCGUUAUACCAUUUUCAAUGCCACACGCCUGAUUUAGUGGAAAAACAAACUCAAGUUUGACCUAUUGAACUCCUCACAUCGGACUUCAGGGAGCUUUUCCAGCUUAAGCGCUCUUCUCAGUAAUAAAAAUAAACUGAACGGAA